UUGCAGUUCUCCUUGCUCCAAGGAGGGAAUUCCUGUUGGGAAUGAGCCCCAGAACGUGUCAGCAAGGAAGGGGGCAUGGUGUCACACACCCUUCUCUGGGGGCAACGCCGGGAAUUUAGCAGGGGCUGGAAGUUGGAAAUCCACGUGGAUUUCUUAACAUUCCUGAUUUUUCUUGGUCCAUGGACACCCCUUUCUGCAUUCCUGGGGAGGGAUGUGGCUCUGAGCUGGGAUGGGGGGACAAAGGGGUGCACUGGGUGGAAAAUGGGAUUGCAGGAAUCAGCAUGGAGCCCUGGGAUGGGAAUAUGGGGUCUUGGAGCUUCAUGCUGGGGUGGCAAUUUUGGGGGGUGGCCUGAAUUGAAAUGGAGUGCGUCCCACCCGUGUGCAGGAGUGGGGAGGUGCCACAGGGAAAAUGGGGACUGACAGGAAUUUCGGGGUGUGGCCGGUGCCAGGCAGGCACGGGGUCAUGGGGCAGGAGGGCUCUGCCCUCGCCAUUCCCGGGUUAAUGAUUUCCAAGGAAUCCUCAAACCUUUCCCUGUGCAGAGCCCACGGCCCAGGCUGUGCCCAGCGGGGUAAGAGAAGGGGAAGCUCGGGCCCUUAGGGGCCGAUUUCCUGCUGUCACGGGUGUGGGAGGACCACGAGAACCACGAGUCUCCUCCCAGGGCUGGACCGGGGCCAACAUCCCAGUUCCCAGCCUGCCGUGCUGCACAGGACGGGAGCGGGGUGUACACAGCACCGGGGGGCUCCGAGCCCCUGGAUCCCCACCCUGCUCCGGCUCCAGGGUGCACCAUGGUGGAGGUGACGGUGACGCCGCAGUCCUCGCUGGCCGACCGGCCCGUGCAGAUCCGUGUGCGGGGACUGUCCCCAUCCCAGCUGGUCACGCUCCGGGCCUGGCUGAAGGAUGAGCAGGGCGAGUGCUUCCAAUCCCGUGCCUUUUUCCGCGCCGAUGGAGCGGGAGAGGUGGAUCCCGGGCUCCACGCCGCCCUGGGGGGCAGCUACUCCGGGCUCUGGCCCAUGGGGCUCCUGUGGUUCCUGCAGCCCGACACGCUGUUCCGGCGGCUGGUGAAGCGGGAUGUGGCCGGCAGCCCCUUCCGCGUGCGGCUGGAGGUGUGGGACGGGCUCAGCCUGGGCACGGAUCUGCGGGAGCAGCCGCUGGCAUCCUGUGAGGCCGAGCGCUGGUACGUGGGCCCCGGAGUGCAGCGGGUGCCCAUCCGUGAGGGAAGGGUCCGUGGCGCCCUGUUCCUGCCUCCUGGUCCGGGCCCCUUCCCCGGAGUUAUCGACCUGUUUGGGGGUGCGGGGGGCCUCAUUGAGUUCCGGGCAGGGCUCUUGGCCAGCCGGGGCUUUGCCGUGCUGGCCCUCGCCUUCUUCGCCUAUGACGACCUGCCCCGAGUCCUGGCCCAGCUGGACCUGGAAUAUUUCGAGGAAGCGGCUGAGCUGCUCCUCCGGCAUCCCAAGGUCCGAGGCCCUGGCCUGGGCGUGGUGGGCGUUUCCAAAGGCGCGGAGGUGGCCUUGGCCAUGGCCACCUUCCUGCCACAGGUGGCGGCCACGGUGUGGAUCAACGGCACGAGCUUCCUGUACGGAAACCCGCUGCUCUACAAGGAGCUGCGCAUCCCGGCCAUCCCCUACCACACCGAGCGCGUCCUGUUCACCGAGGUGGGAGCCAUGGACAACUCGGCCAUCUUUGACGACCCCCGGGACGCCGCGCACCGCGCCUCGGCCAUCCCGGUGGAGAGGAUCCGGGGCAAGGUGCUGUUUGUGGUGGGAGAGGCCGACCGCAGCUUCAACAGCAAGCUCUUCGCCGAGCUGGCCCUGGCGCGGAUGCCGCCGGAGAGCGGCCGGGUGCUGUCCUACCCCGGCGCCGGGCACCUGAUCGAGCCCCCCGGGUCCCCCCUGUGCAGCAACUCCGCCAUCCGCGGCACCCCCAAACCCGUGGCCUGGGGGGGAGAGCUCCAGGCCCACGCCCGGGCACAGGAACAUUCCUGGCAGGAGAUCCUGCAGUUCUUGGAGCUCCAUCUGGGCUCGGUUGCUGCCAUGAAGCUGUGA